CGCAAUGUGCAAAGUAAGCAACAAUUUUUCACUUUUACGGUCAUAGAUGUACUAUUUUGUGCGACAUCGGUAUAUUAACAAAGAACGAUAAAACUUGGACUCAAGUUAUAAAAAAAACACUACCAUUGCUUCUGAUAUAUUCAGUAUUGUACUUAUUCCAUUCAAUAAUAAAUUUCAAUCUUUUAGAGUCUCAUUGAUCAAUUUUAUUCUUUCUGAGCCAAGUUUCAAACUUAUAGUUAUAAAUGAUCAAUUGAUGAUUGAUCGAUCAAAUUCAUUGAGCUAACAGACGCUUUAAAACUUGACAACAACAUAAAUACUAAUGCAUUAACAAAAUAUUUGGCGAAAAGUAGGCUAACAAAGACAGCUUUAGUUAUUCUCUAUUCAAAUCCCCUAUUAUAUGAACAAGAUUACCAGGACCACCUCCAGUUUAGUUCAUCCUCAGUACAAUUCAUCCAGUAAUGAAAUAAAAGUAAAUGAUUCUGAAGACAUUAGUCAACGGAUCUCAAAAUCGAUAUCUGAAACUUUCGCAGAUACAAAUCCAGCUUACCAAUUUAAAGGCCAGUUUAGUUUAAAGAAGAGCAAAUUUAGGUCACGUACCUUGGUAGAGAGAAGUAACCCUAAAAUGUCGACUGAGGAACCUGAAGUUACUUUUCGAGGCUCCAAUGAUUCCAAUCCUGGGAAGAGCACGCACCGAGUAAACAAUUCCGACCGCCGAAGAAGCGAAACUCAACUGUCGCCGAUGCCUGUAAGCGGUGGCCAAUUAAAAUUCGAGGUUGUCGUCGAUGAAAAUCCGAGUCAAGUCCCGGUAUCCGAAGGAAGUUCGACGGGAACCAGCGAGAUAACCGCGGAGCAAAAGCAGAGCUCGGAUUACAAUGUACAACAAGUUAAAGACAAGAGUAAGAAACUUGCCAACAGUGCACUUGAAAAGCUGAAUAAACUUGGUAAGGAAAGUUUGGGUUUGGAGCUUAGCAAGGGGAAUAACUUAGGCUGUUUACAGGAACUCGGAGACUCUCAAGCGAACUUAUACUUUGCCAACAGGCUCGACAGACUAAAUCGGGCUGGGGAUAUUAUUAGAGAUCAACUACUGGAUCGGGAGAAAGAUGGAAAUAUCAUUUCACUAUUCGUGCUCACACUUGUUGACAAUUGGAACCACGAGCAGGAGCGAGUGGUAGUGGUAAACCAAAGGUCAAUCUGUGUUAUCAACUACAACUUUAUAACCGAGAAAAUAACCGGCUCAAAUACCUUCAUUUCAAACUCUGCCAGUGUCCACACAAAUGAAAGCACGAGUUUCCAGGACAGCAUAAAACGUAUUCAAUAUUCUGAAUUAAGCAGGGUUAUUUUCGGGCCCAUGAUUUAUCCCGCUAAAUCUUUGCUAUCUGGGAACUGGAAAAAGUUCCCCUGUUUGAAGUUAAUAACUUCAGCCGGUGUUGGCAAUAAAACUAAAUGGGGGGAUCUGUGGAUACCUUUUAACAAGGAGCUACCGUGGACUGUACUAACAAGUCACCCUCUGGCUUGUAAAGUAAACGGCAAUAGAGGUGUGUACCAAAUCGAAGAAUUGCACCAGACUCUUUGCGGUCUUAUUUGCACCGACCUGCAAGCACAACAACGACCAACUUCAGAAACCACUGUAACUGUUGCUAAUAUAACUACCACAAAUAACGCAACGCUAGACCCCUCUCAAACUAUCAGUCACAACUCGCAAGGACAACAAAAUUCUUAUAAUAACAGCGAGCAGAUUGACAACAAAAACCAAGACGCGGAUCACGAAUGGGCGCCAGCUGAUCCCCAAGACACUGACAAGAUUACUUCUAACAGUCCCCAUAUUGACUCUAGCUCCACAGCACAGCAAGUAGCUCAAAUUAUAGAGGAGCCAAUUCUCAUGGAGAGCUACGUUGGCUUCACUUCUGCCAUUUUUAACCAGUCUAAACUAGCUUUCGCAAUGGACCGAAACGGCAUAUCGUUUUAGAAUGCUGUCCUGUUAUAAAAACACCAUUACAGAACGAGAAACGUGAAAAUCACACCAAGCAUAGUUGU